AGCCGUAGAACCAGAUCACAUUGCAAGAUGUACGUCUUGUGGCUGAUUUCAACCCUAUUCUUGGGGUUGGCCGUAGCUCAAUGGGAUCCGUACACGAUGCACAAUCGUCAAGUAUUGGUCCAUCUCUUCGAGUGGAGGUGGGUCGACAUAGCUGCAGAGUGCGAAAGGUGGCUUGGACCACAUGGGUUCGCCGGUGUACAAGUAUCGCCCCCAAACCAGCACCUAGAGCUCCCACCAGAUCGACCCUGGUUCGAGCGCUACCAACCAAUAGGCUACGCCCUCCAUAGUCGCAGUGGUAGUCCGGCUGAAUUCAAAGACAUGGUAUCCAGAUGCUAUAAGGCUGGUGUACGUAUCUAUGUUGAUGCUGUCAUUAACCACAUGGCCGCGAGUAACCCCGGUGGAAAAGAUGCAUGGGAUUUUGGCUUGGUCCCCUAUUCAGCGUUAGAUUUCAACUGGCCCCAAGGAAGAUGUCCAACCUCUGGUGAUAUUGACUACAGUAACAUAGACUCCAUUCGCAACUGCGAUCUCGUAGGCCUGAAAGAUCUGAACGUAGAGAAGAGCUACGUCCAGGACAAACUAGCAGAGUAUCUGAAUGUGUUGGUUGAUGCUGGGGUUGCUGGUUUCAGGAUUGAUGCUGCUAAGCACAUGUGGCCCGGAGACCUGGACGCUGUCUUGAAGAAGGUCAAUAAUUUGAACACGGCUUUCGGGUUCCCGCCAAACGCUCGGCCGUUCAUCUUCCAAGAGGUGAUCAACCAAGGCGGGGAGGUAAUCUCGUCCUGGGAGUACCGUCAUCUCGGCCGUGUGACGGAGUUUAAGUACGGCACGGAGGUCAGCCUGGGCUUCCGCGGGGACAAGGUACUGAGCCACUUCAACAGCUUCGGUGAGGCCUGGGGCUUCCUUCCAGAGACCGCUGCCGUGGUGUUCAUCGAUAACCAUGAUAACCAGAGGGGACAUGGAGGUGGUGGGAACAUCAUCUCACACAAGGCAGGAAGGCUGUAUAAGAUGGCGAACGCCUUCAUGCUAGCUCAUCCGUACGGCAUCGUACGGGUGAUGAGCAGUUUCUCGUUCAAUGACCCCGACAGCAGUCCACCUCGAGACCCCCAGGGGAACACUCUGUCCCCCGUCAUCAACCCGGACGAGACGUGUGGGAAUGGGUGGGUCUGCGAACAUCGCUGGAGACAGAUCAAGAACAUGGUGGACUUCCGUAACGUGGUGGUUGGGCAACCACUCACCAACUGGUGGGACAAUGGGAACCACAUGAUUGCAUUCGGGCGAGGCGACAAAGGCUUCCUCGUCAUCAACAACGAACAUGGGAAUCUCUACGAGACGCUUCAAACAGGCCUUCCUCAGGGUACUUACUGUAACAUCUAUCUCGGUGACUAUGUUCACGGUAUGUGCACCGGACCAUCCGUCUUCGUUGACUACCAGGGGUUUGCAACUUUUAAUAUUCAGGGCGGGGGAAAUGAGGACCCCGUUGUGGCUCUCCACAUCAGGUCCAAAUAUUGAUUUAUUUUGAGCUCAUUUAUCUCGUUUGGGAGGAGAUUGAGUUGACAGAAAAUGCCCAGCGUACGAUCGAUAACUGAAUGCCUUUAUCGAGUACCGGUAGGCCUACUUUAAUAAUUUACGGUAUAUUUUUAUCGCAUGGGGGCGCUUUUCAUCGGCGAGUUUCCGUGAAACGCUUAGGCCCUUUUUAAAACCACGGCUUCGCCCCCAAAUUCGGCUCAGGCUAGCUUGCGCACAAUGCUCAGCAGGGCUUCAGACGAGAGGACGGAGCCUAAAGCCGAAUCAAAAGCCGAAGCCGUGGUUUCGAAAAGGGCCUCAGUAUAGUUUUCCCAGCAGUUCCCCCACUCACACGAGGACCCUUUGAAAAUUAGUAUAUCACCAAAAAAAAAAUUAGUUUGGCAUUUUCUUUUCUCUUGUAUGACCACAAUAAAUGAACUAGCCAUAAACUAAUUAAAGAAGCUGUCUUUCAUCCAAAUACGGACUCAAAGUCAAUGUUUCCUAACCAGUGGUGAAACUAUACAUUUUCAUUUUGGAAGUUGUCAAAGAGGGGGGUAAUAAUUUGGGGCUUCUGGUGCCGUAACAAUUCGUUGGAGCAUUUUUUCUUUUCAAUCUCAUUUUUGUUUUGUGUGUGGGAGGCCCAUUAUACGAGCAUCAAAUGUAAAUGAAUUUAAAAUAGCAAAUCAAGGUCAACUUUGAAGCAAUCAGG